GAUUAUCGAUCGGUUAUUUGAGGACAAUGGCGGUGAUUUGAAAGAGUAAUACACAUUCUUGUUAAAAGGAUUUAUACAUACUGCAUUACCUUUGCGAAAAAUUAUAACAUUUGAAUGAAAUCUAUUAUUUAAGGGCACUGGUGUUAUCAUCAUCAACACAUUUGUGAAUAGUGAGGAAUGGAGGCUAUAGUAGCUAGCCAAAAGAAUGGACGGAGCCGAGCUAUAUAGCUUUGAGGACUUUGAAAGCCAUCUUCCCAUUGAUGAUUCGUUAGCAGACACCAACUACACAACAGCCAGUGGCUAUAGAUUACCACCAAGUGGUAGCGUUUAUGGUGCCUAUGUUGCCGUCAACAAAAACGCUGAGUGGGAAGAUAGUUCACUGACGGUUGAGCGUGGUAUUAGGAUAAGUGCGCAAUGCACACAAAAAACAAGUAUACAGUACACGCAACGUAGGAAUCCUAGAUCCCAGGGGUUAUAUAAUAGCACCGGUCAAGUUCAUAUACAAAAACAGGAUUUUAAUGAUAGUGUUUAUGAUAUAAAGCAACAGAGUGUUUCUCUACAUUCAUUGACUCAACCGUUUACGGGUUUAUCUAAAAAUACUGCUUUGAGUCAUUCUAGUGAGCUUGAAGGUGAAAACAAUGACCAUAAUGAUAAUCCAAUUGUAGCCUCUCCAUUUGUUGACAAACUCAGUGUGCGUGUUCACCCAAGUGACCUGCUCAAUUUCCGGUGUCGGCAAAGUCGUCCUCAGACCUCAUAUGAAGGAAAAACAGGUUACUCCAGGAGCCUAGGCAACCUUGAUCGAAGCAGCACAACUAAGGAACGUCAUAUACCAGGAGAGUUUGUGCAUUCCAGCAUGCGGAGUCAGUUGAAACCGAGAGCUGUGAGCACGUCUAACCUGACCCCUACUCAGCGACUUAAUGAAAUGAUCAACUUAAACCAAACCAGUUCAGAUUCAGAUUGUUUGUUGGCAGCCAUGGAUCAGUCACAUUUUGAAUCAAAUGGAAAUGAUACGGACGAUGUUAAUCUCUUAUUGGAUAUGGUUAAUAGUAUUAAACCUCCCUCUAGAGCUAGAGGCAAUAGCCUUAAUCCGGAACUUCUGCAAAUGUGGGAGCGUAAGACAUCUACAAAGAGUGAAGAACCUUCAUCGACAACUGUUAGAUCUAGAGGGAGGCCUUACAUUAGGCCACCGAAUAAGAGCAGUGGAAAUAUACCUCGCCAAGUUUUGCUUAGCAAUUUUCCUGCUGGUAAAAACCCAAGAGAAAAAUUAACUAAACCUAUAGCAUCUUCGCAAUCAAGUAUUAUUUCAGCAAAUCAUUCAAAUAACAUGGUGCGAUCAAGAACUACGCCAUCUUUGAAUACAGUGGGUUCAGAUGAACAAGAAGAAACUGACAGUAGCAGCGCGGUAAGGUUGGGCGGUAGGCAGCAGUCUGUACCGUCUCUCAGCAUUUCAGGAAAUGGAGCAGCAUGGAGAGUUGAAGAUGAAGAGACCAGUAUUCCUGCACCAAUGCCCAGCCUCGAGGACACACCAUUUAGCAAGUCGUCUUCACAACUCUACUACCCAAACACAUCAACAGCAGCGUGUGAUGGUGACAAGAAGGUAAGAGGCAACGGUGGAUCUAGCAGCUUUUCUAAACUCGCGAGACGACUCAGUCAAAAAGGUGAAAGACGAAACACUAUCGUGGAACAUACAACACCUAUUGCAAGGAAACCUGCAAUUGACAAAUCUGAAAUCCGUAAAGCUCAUAGUCUUGAAAGCCUGCAUCCGGAAACAACAGAAGAAGAUCAGGUGAACUCGGCGAUUCCAGCUUCACCAUCUUUGCAGAACCGCUUACAGCGUACCUUAUCCAGCAAGAAAAGGGGAUCUAGCAGCUCGGAGUCUGACGGCUCAGGAAGUAAAGUAGAGAAAGAUAAAAAUCGUCGCACAUCAAAAGCUAAUUUUAGUGACAUUACCGCACUUUUUGAUGCAGUUCAUAAUCAAGAAGUAGACAGAGCGAAAUAUAUCCUAGAUUGCAAUGGUUUAGAUAUCAAUGCUGUUAACUCUGAUGAUUUCACACCAUUGGAUGUUGCGAUUAUGGUACAUAACACAGCAAUGGCUAAGUUACUACUUGCCUUCGGUGCUAGAGAAAACCCAAAAUAUUUACACAAAGAUGCACGUGCCUCAAAACUUAACACCCUCAUUAACGAAGCAGAAAGACAAGUCCAAGAGCUGACUUCACGUGCUGUCAACAACACCGGCUCAAGUCAGUCUGUUAAUAAGGAAACGGAUAAGAGGCUAAGGGAUUGGGAAUGGAAACAUCGACUGUUCCGACGAAUGAAAGCAACAUUUGAACAUGCAAGACCUCCUGAACCUCCACAAAAUGUAAAUAUUAGUGUCACUAGCAGCUCUUCCAUAUCUGUUCAGUUUGAUGAGCCAAGCAAUAACAAUCUAGGAGUUAUAACACGAUACAAAAUUGAAUGGAGUGUUCAAGAAGACUUCAGCCAGUGUUCUGGUGAACAUAUACUAUACAACAACACAAAUCUAAGUUACAAGAUACAGGGUCUGGUGGCUGGUAAACGGUAUUUUGUCCGGGUGUCAGCAUUCAAUUUGAAAGGGUUUGGUAUCCCGCAGCUUGCUACACCACCGUUCGCAAUUCCAUCAUGUUGGCGAGAUAGAGAUGGAAGGAAAUCAAGAACUAGUGGGCAGAUGAAAGUUCUUGAAGACUUAUUUAAAGAAGUGAAGGAUGCAAGGCUUCCACAUUCAGUCGAGUUAAAAACUAAUUCACCAAAAUCUUCCCCAAACCAAGUUCGCAAAACAAUGAAGAAAAGCAUAAAGAACUUCUUCCAGUUUGCGCCUAAAUUCCACAAGUUGCUGAAACGUGCUGUGUAUGUGUGCACGCUGCUGUACAGCGAAGAUAAGGUACUAGUCACAACCGAAGAUCACCUGCCAAUCGUUGAGGUCGAUGAUAAUUACCCUAGCAACAUGUAUCAGGAUUUCCUGUGGUUUAUGAAGGUUGCUUGUACAUGGGAAGAUGUGGACGUAUUAAGGGGGGAUCUUGAGAAGGCUCUGUCCACUUCACCUAGCCUAAUGUUUCGCAAUAAACUACUCCAAGCCGUGGCUCUGAUGCAGACGACGCUUGGAAUCCAGGACCUAGGCCAGGUGUACUACGAGCCGAUACGUGACGAUAAUGGCAGCACUAUUUUUGUUCUUGUUAAGCAUAUAAAGGACUCACGGAGUGUGCAAUCAGCUAGUUUAAAGUGGCUGAAUCUUGGACGUGUCCAGAAACGGCGCUCGGUCUGCUUUGAAAAUCCCACAGCCUCUGAAAUACUGCUCUCAUCCAUUCCAGAGAAAAUAUUCUUUAGUCAGGUGAACCAGAUGCCUCAUGAGAAGGGUUUAUACUUAGGGUACAUGAAACUGCGAAGCUCUGUGGACACAAUACGAAUCCAGGUUCAGGCGAAAUCACCCAACGUACUGCCAUGUGUCAAGGUUCGCGACAAUUCCAAUGUCACACAAGAUGAAUGGGAUUGGCUGUACCAACUCAAUACUAGCAAGGUCACCAAACCAGUUACAAAAGUACAAGAAGAAUUCCAAUUACAACUAGCAGAUGCCGCCAGAACUCUUGCUAAGAAGAUUGGUGUAAGUGAAGAAGAGACACUGAAACAUCGGCUAUGUGAUUACGAGGUCAUUGACCUUAAUGAUGAGGUGUCAUUUAUCAUAAUGGUGCCACCUGUAUCUGAUGUCUGUACUGGACCUGGACACCUGGAUAACAACUUUAUGCGAGGAAGUGAAUAUGUCUCCCUACCAGUACAAGUAUUUGAAAUGGUUCACACGACAACCUACCACAAUGAUUUCAUACGCUACUAUUCCCGAUUGUCGUCCAUCUUGGAAAUGGAGAACCUAUUAGCUCAACAAAGCGUCCGUGAGGCAUUCCAUACGGUGGAGAUGAAUGAUGCGAAACAAAGGCAGCAACAAAUAGCUGACUUCCAGCAGACUUUGGAAAGUGCCUGGAAGGGAACUCGCUGGAUAAUGGACGUCAUCCAAUACGCCAGGGAUAAGCAACUGAAAGGUGGUGUCCCCUUAUCGGUAUUAUUUGCCCCACCCCCAUCACCGGUAGAAACGCAAGCCAUGGAUACACUUUCUAAAGGAAAGGGCUUGUCACAUGAUAAGGACAAGCAUGAUUCGAAAUACUCAAGCCGCAAGAUAAGCAGAGCUAAUAUUGGUAUUCUGAGGGUGUACCCUGCCUAUGAUACAGGCUUAGCAUCUGGUACAAGUGUCAAGCUUCAAGUGACAACACGGACGUCUUCUCGUGAGAUAAUCAAUUUAGUGAUUGAGCAGCUCAAUAAAGCAAUACAGGUUCGUGGAUUAGAGGCGCAUAUUUACCCAGACGAGGAAUGGCAAAAUUUUGGCCUUGUUGCAGCUAUCAGCGGCAAAGAGCAUAGUUUACCAGAUGACUUCAACCCUCUAGUAUUGCAGAACCCUUGGACUAAAGGUAAACUUUACAUAAAACACAAAGAAAAAACCAAAAUAAAAAUCAAGUCCAACAGUAUGGUGUGAACAUCGCAAACAUAUUUAGAGUGGAGGAUUGUUUCGCGGAGUACGCCUAAUCGCUAUUGUGUGUAUCAAGCUAUGUAAAGGUUGUCGGUUGCUAUUUGUAACAGUGUGAUACAAGAUAAGAACUUAAAGAUAUGCAACUGUUGUAUGCUCAUAUUUGGUCAUGGUGUUCCUAUAUUUGGUCGUGAUGUGAUGUCUUUAUGACCAUAUUUAGGCAUAUCACAGGGCUUAGGCAGUUGAAAAGCUGCGUUCCAACACUGGCCUGACUGAUCCAUGUAUGGGCGGUUAUAAUAAACACUAAAUAGUGAGUCAACAUUCCUGGCAGUGAAACAGCUUGUUAAUGGAGUACUUGAGUCGACCAUCUGUAGUCUUUGUGGACAUAAUAAGUGGACAUUUAGUAGUAUGAGGUCCUUGCAUUGUCCUGAGAAUUGGUUGUUUACGUAGUAGCACAGCGAAGAAUAUAUAAUUAUUUGAAAGAAAAUGGAUAUGAAUUAGACCAUCUUUGUUUGCACAUUGUUGUAAGUUAAAUUUAACAAAAAAAAAAAAAAAA